CUGUCAUUUGUCCCAGAAGCUGUCAAAUUCGGAUACCCGCUCCGCUCUCCCCCCUGCUCCCCAAAGGUCCGCAGUCUCUGGUCAUCUCCUGUACUGUGUCCGCAGUCUCUGGUCAUCUCCUGUACUGUGUCCGCAGUCUCUGGUCAUCUCCUGUACUGUGUCCGCAGUCUCUGGCCAUCUCCUGUACUGUGUCCGCAGUCUCUGGCCAUCUCCUGUACUGUGUCCGCAGUCUCUGGCCAUCUCCUGUACUGUGUCCGCAGUCUCUGGCCAUCCCCUGUACUGUGUCCGCAG